GACGGCGCGGUGGGCAAGACCAGCCUGGUGGUGAGCUACACCACCAACGGCUACCCCACCGAGUACAUCCCCACCGCCUUCGACAACUUCUCGGCCGUGGUCUCCGUGGACGGGCGGCCUGUGAGACUCCAGCUCUGUGACACGGCCGGGCAGGAUGAGUUCGACAAACUGAGGCCGCUCUGCUACACCAACACGGACAUCUUUCUUCUUUGCUUCAGCGUCGUGAGCCCCUCAUCCUUCCAGAACGUCAGCGAGAAGUGGGUGCCAGAGAUCCGGUGCCACUGUCCCAAAGCUCCCAUCAUCCUGGUUGGAACUCAGUCGGAUCUCAGAGAAGACGUCAAAGUCCUCAUUGAGCUGGACAAAUGCAAAGAGAAGCCAGUGCCUGAAGAGGCGGCAAAGCUGUGCGCCGAGGAAAUCAAAGCUGCCUGCUACAUCGAGUGUUCGGCCUUGACUCAGAAAAACCUCAAGGAGGUCUUCGACGCGGCCAUCGUCGCCGGCAUUCAGUACUCGGACACUCAGCAACAGCCAAAGAAGGCCAAGAGCAGGACUCCAGACAAAAUGAAAAACCUCUCCAAGUCCUGGUGGAAGAAAUACUGCUGUUUCGUAUGAUGUUGGCGAAGAAAGGCAGAGAGGCAGUUUUUAGAUGAAGUCGAUAUUAGAAGCUAUAUUAGCUGAAAUGACUCCUUGUCUCGUCUAGAUCCUGGAUAGAGAACGCCACGCGUGGGUGACAGGCGGAGCUCUUGGUCUGUGUAUUCUUUCUUGCCUUUGGUGUUCUUGUUUGUUUGAGCUUAGGGAUGAGUUAAUUAUGCAAGAUAUUUUUGAAGGAAGUUGAGCGUUUUUCAUAACUCUGGAAAUUUAGAGCUCUAGAUCCUUGGAUUAAUUUAUAUCUUAGAUGAAAGAGACACCCCAGGUGUGGGGGUCAAGGAUGAAUUUUUGCUACAUUAUACAUUUGUACAGAAGAACAAAAGACGAAAUGGUGUGGUGAACCCUCCCCUUGAUUAAGGGCUACUUAAUGCAAGUACGUUAUGUGCACAGGCCAGCUAGCUUUGAAACUCCAUACUUUUAAAAAACCUUUUAAGGGACUAAAAUCUGAGAAA